CGUUUGCGCUCAUAAUGCGCAUUCAUGUGACACACUUCGCCCAAAUCGGAGGCAUUGAGACAUUGCGGUUUACAACUGUGUGGUUUAAAUAAUCAUAACAUUUUAGGAAUAACUCGUGAAAGAAAUUUUUCAGUGGUUUUCAACAGCAGUUUUUUGUUUUAUAUAAUAACAAAAUAAAAUGGGCAUGAUAUCCCGAGUGCGUGGUAGGAUAAGAAGUGACUCCUUCUCGAAGAUUCAAACCAUUAAAUCUGAGGACAAAAUCGCCAACAUAGUAUGGUUGUUGUCGUUGGUACUUCUUCUCCCCUACUGGGCUCCGAGAGGACUGCUGGUGGCUUUGGGAGGAGCCUGGCUAAUGGCGGCAUACACUUGCUUGGUGGUGCCAGUACUGAUUUCCGCGAACUACAAAUACCCAGCGAGAUGGUAUCCUGCUGUUGCUAGACUUGCACAAGAUGCAGCUAGGCGGCUAAGGCGGCCCGGUGCCUGUGUGUUGGGCAUGUUGAAAGCUGUAUAUGCACCUUUAGAACGAACUGAGCUAAUGUUUCUGCAGAUGAACAAUCUUUCCACAAUGAUUAGCCAGUUGCUGAUUUUCACAGCGUGUGAUAGACUAUUUGUAUCACAAGGAAAAUUAACGAGCUUGUAUUCACUCAUGUUUUACAACGUUAUCACAUACUCCGUGAGCUAUGUGCGCGAAAUAUGCACUAAGGAAGACUGGUCUCCAUAUGUCAACGUCACUAGACACUCUCGUGUGAAGCACCUAGCUAUGUCUGCCACAAAAAUAGUCCUCGAAUGGACCAAAGCGGUCACGUUUAUAGUGACAAUUACAUUUGUGCUUUUGACUUUCGGUCUAGAGCAGGGUCUGGAACAUUAUCGGCCAACAACGCUAUACACAGUCAUCACGGGAACAUAUUAUGUUUUAACAGAAAGAACAUUUCUAGAAUUGUGGCCGAUUGGUCUUUCAGCAAUAAAACUGGAAAGAUUAGAGGGAAUGGAAGCCUUGUAUUUUGGAGCAUGGGCACGAGGUCUUACAACAUUUUUAGCUGUACCCUUAGUGCCGGCCCUAGCGUGGUACGAGCGGUGGAGAUUAGCAGUGUUUGUACUAUAUGUGUGCGUAUUUGUGCAUGGGCGACAUCGCCUCGGAGAGGCACUAUCCAAAUUAAAUGAAGCGCGAGGCUCUCUCGCAAGGUUUCGUCGCGCGACCACCGCAGAGUUAGCCACGUUGGAGGAUGUUUGUGCAGUCUGCUUGGGCAGUAUGAGGUCAGCGAGAGUGACGCCCUGUGCGCACUUCUUUCAUGCUGACUGUCUUAGAAAAUGUCUGGCGGCGUCUGACAGAUGUCCUAUAUGCGUCAGACCGUAUGUCUUUUGCUGAUCGUUUCUAACGAUUCAUGUUCGGAUAAGACUGCUUUUAUAGAAUUUCAACGACUUGAUGUUGUUUAAUCAAGUUAUAACGAUUUUAUGUAUUAAAAUUCGAUAUUGUGAUAGGUAGUUUGUGAUUAUGUGAUAGUGCCACCAUGAUAUUCCAAAUAUCCAAUUCCAUUGAAUUGUGAAUAUAUGAAGUUUUAUUAAUUCAAUUUAUUCAAACAUAGUGUUUGAUGUAUGUCUAUUAUAUACCUGCAAGCCUGCAUCCCUUUUUAGAAAUAGUUACCAAUAUA